GGUGCAACUAUUUACUAUAAAAUGAGACACACAAAAUUGACCCCUGUGAAGCGACGCUCACACUGUUCAGUCCGACAUGCGCAUGCGGUAUCAUAGGAUCGUACGGUCAUGCCUGCCUGAGGGAGGCAAGUGGAGUGGAGUGGAGGCGAGACGAAACGCCGAAGCGUCAAGUGAGGCCUUGGCUUUAAAAUGGCCACUCCUGGUGUCGCGCGUACAACGCAAAGCAACGUUACUCCGUCAGAUCGUUCUCGAUCCCUACGGUACUCGCGAAUGUAGAGUAUUUCGGCGAGUGUCCCAUCGUAAUCAUCCUGAAUAUCAGUAUCGUCCUCAUCCCGGAGAUUGUGCGUGUGAAACAGAAUCGGAAACGACGGAACGGAGACAGCGAGGUGUGCGAGAGCGAGGUCCUCGGCGUCGCGCUGUGCGGCGUUAGUGACGCUUCCAUGACGUCCUGGC